AUCUCAGUCAUAAAUAAAUAAAAUAAAAAAUAUAAUAGACCAAAGAGAGUGACGGUUUGACUCAUCAUUAAAAUACACCGGUGUCUUUAACAUUUCAUAACGUGAUCUGUCAAGGUUUGCGGCUGUAUUGGCAUGGUAAAUUAACAUUGUGUAUGGUCCCCCUACUCACUGUAAUACUAUUCAUACUGUACAUGUAUUACAUUGUCAGAGUUGUCCAUAACGCUCUGCAAGAUAUAACUCAUAUAUCUUCUCUGCCUUUAAAUAUCUUACAGCCAUCUGAGCUGCGCGUAGUAUCGUAUCAUCUUCGCUCUGAAAAAUAUCGUCUUUUAAAAAAAUAAAUCGUAUCCUUAAGCCGCAAUUAUUAUCUAAUAUCUGAUAUUUAUUACGAAUUACCAGUAAGAGUUAAUAAAAAACCGCUACCAUUUUUUUUUAACUUUUUACACAAAACAAGUUCUUCAACGGAUCGGUGACAUUGCAACAUGUAACAGAUUAGGAAAUACUGGAUUUGAAAUUUUGAACUUAAUAUCGCACUAGUAACCAUUCACUUUUUUAUUGUUAGUGAAUUAUAAAAAAAAGUUUUUGAUACAGACAAUUAAUUUAAAUUUAAACACGUGCGAGUGUACAUUCAAAAUUUGAAAGUGCGGAGAAUUGAAAAAAAUUGAUCGCUUUGAUUAAAAAUCAAUUUAGUAAAUAUAUAAAUAUAUUUUAUUUAAAUAAAAAGAUAAAAUGGAAUUAGCUUUGUCUGGAUUAACUCUUCUGUAUGUUAAUGUACGAAGAUUUGAUUACGCGGAGUUUGUAAAUGGUGCAAUGAAAGUAUUUAUAAAAUCGGUAGUAGUCAUAGUAUCUUGUGCAGUGCUACCGUUUUUAAAAUUAGCGGCUUUUAGAAAAAUAAAUCGAUGCCCGGCUAUUUCCAAUAAACUAUUAUUGAUACCUGCUAAUCAAUUAGCGAAAAAGAUUCGUAGAAAAGAGAUAACCAGUGAAGAAAUAGUAAGAGCGUAUAUAGAACGAUGUCGAGAAGUUAAUCCGGUAUUAAAUGCAAUAGUGGAAAAUCGCUUCGAAGCUGCGAUAAAGGAAGCACGUGAAGUCGAUCAGUUUGUGAAAUCCGGUAUUAAGUCUGAGGAAUUACUUGCUCAAGAUACCCCGCUUCUUGGUAUACCCAUCACUGUUAAAGAAAGUAUUGCUGUUAAAGGAAUGAGCCAUGCUGCUGGACGGAAAUCAAAGGAGCCGAUAAUAGCGGCAAAGGACGCGGAUUCGGUGCAGCGUGUGAAAAAAGCCGGUGGUAUAAUUAUUCUAGUUAGUAAUACCCCGGAGAUGUGCAUGUGCUGGGAGACUUACAACAACGUGACCGGCACAACAGUGAACCCAUAUGACACACGUAGAACACCUGGUGGUUCUUCUGGUGGGGAGGCAGCACUUUUGGGCUCAGCGGCGUCAUUGCUGAGUAUAUCUUCAGAUAUUGGAGGUUCUGCAAGACUUCCGGCGAUGUUUUGUGGAGUCUUUGGUCACAAGCCGACUCCUGGAUGGGUUUCAACUGACGGACAUAUGCCGGACUCAACUGACCCAAUGUGGCCUUCAUUUCUGACCGUUGCUCCGAUGGUCAGAUACUCUGAAGACCUUUUGUUUUAUCUGAAAGUAAUGAUGCAGUCAGACAUAUCCCUUUCUCGGCUCGAUGAAGAGGUUUACAUAAAUAAUAUUAAAUUUUACUACUUUGAAGAAAUACCAUCUUUUCUUACCCACAAAAUAGACUCGGAAAUAAUAACUGGGAUUCAUAAGUUUAUUCAACACUUGGAGAGUUCCCAAGGAAUUAAAGCGCAAAAGGCAGUCAUUCCGCAUCUUAAAUACGCUUUUGAAACAUCAUCAACUAUGCUCCUUAAUUUGGAUGGUGUAGACACUAUUUUUGAUGACGAAACAAAGGUCGACUUGGAAUGGAAGCGCGUUCUUGGAGAAAUAUUCAAGUACUCUACCUGCAGAUCUUCCCAUUCUGUGAGCAGUAUUCUUUAUGGUCUACUAAAAAAAAUAACUGACUCAUUUCCAAAAAAUCAUUUUAAUUGGCUGAAUGAAAAAAAUGAGUCUCUUAAAAAACAAUUUCAGGAAAUUCUUGGUGAUAAUGGGGUAAUAAUAUGUCCAACUUUCAUUGACGGAUCACAUUACCCAUAUGAAAUCUAUCCAAGAGUAUGUGAUGUUACUUACAUGAUGAUUUUCAAUGCAAUCGGACUUCCAGUAACUCAAUGCCCAAUGGGGCUUAAUAAAAAUGGCCUUCCUAUUGGAUUUCAGGUGGUUGGAAAUGUGGGACAAGAUCGUUUGACAAUUGCAGUAGCUCGUGAAGUCGAGCGGGCUUUCGGUGGUUGGCAACCACCGCCAAGUGUUGAAAAAGAAGUUUGAUAAUUUUUUAAUGACCAAGUAAAUACUAAUUACGAUAAAAUAAAUUUUAUAUAAAUUAUUCCCAUUUUACACUUACGGCAUUAAGUUUCUUAGUGAAUUUAAAAAAAAAAAUUGAACGCCUUAAUCAGUAACUUAAUUUAUAAAUUUUAAAAUUAUAAUUAUUUAUGGAAACUUAUUGUCGUGUGUAUUUUUUAUGGGGCAAAGUGGUAUCUUCUACCUCUAUAACUGAUAAUUUAUAAUAAAUAAAUCUGUGAUGUGUGCGAUUAAAGUGUACUGACUCUUUAUCUCGUGCGAUUUAAAUUUUUACAAUCAAACUUUAUAUUUAAAAAAAAAAUGAUUAAUAUUAACGAAGCCAUACACUAAAAUAAUUUUAUAAUAUUAAUUAAAUAUAUGAAUAUGCUUGUUAUUUAUCGGUAGUAAUUUUUAAGUAUAAGUAAUUAUAUUUAUCUACUAAAAUUAAUUUAUAACCACCGAAUUUCGUCACGUUCAAUUAAUUAUUACCAAUAAUCUUUAAUCUUGUUACUUAUUUUCAUUCUUUACAAUAAAUUACUUGUAAUCUUUGUUAAGCCCGCGUAUUAAUAAG